AUGUCACAGUACUACCCGAACCAAUACGGCGCCGGCGGCGCAGGCGGUGCCCAGAACCUCCAGUUUUAUCAGUCCUCAUACUCGCCCGGCAUCCAGGGCCACGACACGCCCUCGCAGUCCGGCGGAUAUGGCUACGGCGCACCGGCCGCCGCAAGCUAUGGCGGAUUUGGCGGCCCCGGGGCGCCUGGUGUCAGUGGCCGCAUGGGCGAGCAGGGCGGACUGAGGACUGGCUGGCUCGCCGCCUUCUCGACCGAGGGCUACGACAACGAGCCGCCGCUCCUCGAGGAACUUGGAGUGAACUUUGACCACAUCCAGAGGAAGACAUUAGCCGUUCUCAACCCCUUUUCUCGCGUCGACCAGCACCUGAUGGACGAUUCCGACCUGGCUGGCCCCAUGUUGUUUUUCAUCAUGUUCGGCUUCUUCCUGCUGUUCAGCGGCAAGGUCCACUUCGGCUACAUAUACGGCCUCGCCCUCAUGGGCUCCGUCGCCCUCCACACCAUCCUUUCCCUCAUGACCCCCGACGGCCCUACCAGUCCGUCGCAUACCGCCCCGCAAUACUCGAAUCCAGGCUAUCCGGGAGACCCAUCGUCGCACGACGCCGACGGCAAGGGCCACCUCAGCGCCACCUUGACCUUCACCCGAAGCGCCAGCGUCUUGGGAUACUGUCUUCUGCCACUGGUCCUGACCAGCUUGGUAGGAAUCGUCAUUCCCAUGGACACCCCGAUCGGCUACAUCCUGACCAGUGCUGCCAUCGUGUGGUGCACCACGAGCGCCAGUGGCAUGUUCUGCGCCGUCGGACGCAUGAGUGGCAUGAGAGGCUUGGUAGCCUACCCCCUGGCUCUGUUCUACGUUGGUUUUGGCAUUAUGAGCAUUUUCAGCAGCAGGGGCACCGGGAGUCUGGGCAAAGCCGCCGGCGUUGCGUCGUGA